UAAGAUCUAAACCCACCUCUCUCUCUCUCUUCUCCUCUCCUCUUCACAUUUUCCCUGGUGCAAACUCUCAUCUCCAGAUCCAACUUCGACAAGUCAUCUUCCUCCUUCAAUGCACAAACACUUUUGACUUUUCCCAUUUUAUCCACAUUUCAUCAUUUCCACCCCCACCAAUCACAAUCACUCAUCCUUUUCUCUCUCCUCCUUCGAACUCUCCGUCAUUACUCAUUAUAUAAACAACCCCUCAUUCAAUCCAAAAUGUCUAAUCAUUUCAAACCUCUCUUACAUUCACUAUGAAAUCCGAUCAAUCUCUCCGUAACAGAAAACGAUCCCUUAAAGGAAACGGAAACGGUAACAGUUACGGUAACGGUGUUCAGUAUACUAACGGAAUGACGGCGACGAUGAAGGGGAAGAAAGGGGGGUUGCAAGGGUGGUUAGAUACGGCGUCGUUUAUGAAAUGGGGAUUUGAUGAUUUGAUCGGAGUGUUAAAGUACCACCCAUUGCCUUGCUUUUUCGUGGUGGCGUUGCUUUUCUUUAUGGGGGUUGAGUAUACUUUACGCAUGAUUCCCAGUGAUUCUCCACCGUUGGAUGUCGGCUUUGUUGCCACGCGCUGGCUUAAUCGUGUUUUUUCUUCUAGCCCCACCUUGAACACUCUCUGUGCGGCCCUUAACACGUUGUUUGUGGGGAUGCAAACAACAUACAUAUUGUGGGUGUUCCUGGUGGAAGGAAGAGUGAGACCUGGACUUGCUGCCUUGUUUAUGUUCACUUGUAGAGGAAUUCUCGGUUACUCCACUCAACUGCCGUUGCCCCAGGACUUUGUGGGUUCAGGAGCAGAUUUCCCGGUCGGCAACGUGUCAUUCUUUCUGUUCUAUUCAGGGCACGUUGCGAGCGCUGUGAUUGCUUCAAUCGACAUGAGGCGCAUGCAAAGGACGGGGUUUGCAUGGACAUUCGAUUUUCUUAAUGUAUUACAAGUGGUUAGACUGCUCGGAACAAGAGGUCACUACACAAUCGAUCUAGCUGUUGGUGUAGGAGCUGGCAUCUUAUUCGACUCUCUUUCUGGAAAGUAUGUUGAAAGCAGGAAAAUUUCAAUGGUAACUUCCCCAAUUGCGGGAAUUUACUCUCCAUUAAGGUAGACUUAUGUUGAGUUUAACAGAGAUGUAUGCAUGGAAUUGUAAACAUGUAAGAUCAAAUCUAGGUGUACAUGAUUGUGUGAUGUCUAAUUUUAGAGUGCUCUUUCAUCAUCUUUUUGACUCAAAAACUUUUGAAUCAUUCUUUAUUUGUUCAUGAUAUAUUGACAUGUAACUGAAACUUCAACCAUUGUUUCAUUUUAGUGCUCAGUUCUGCAA